AUGUGGAAUGACAAUUGUACCGCAGACAGGAAAAGAAAACUCCGGAAAACGGAGUUCGAAGGCGUAAAUCUAGGCGUACUGAAAUUUUUUGAAUUAUGCCGGUCCAAAGAUGUUCCUGUUUCCGGAGUAAUGUUGAAGAGAAAAUCUCUAGAAAUAGCUGAAAAGUUAGGAAUGAAUGAAUUUCGAGGUAGUAUUGGAUGGUUAGAAUCGUUUUUGAAGCGAAAUAAUUUGAGUUAUAAAGCUUCAUGUGGUGACGCAGCUUCGGCUGACUUAGAAGAAGCUGAGGAUUGGAAAAAUACCAAAUUGCAAGAGUUAAUUGCUGGAUAUGAUCAAAAAACUAUAUUUAAUGCUGACGAACUGGCAUUAUUUUACCGCCAAAUACCGAAAAAAAGUUUUGUGAAGAAAGGUGACAGGUGUAAAGGUGGAAAAAUGGCCGAAGAACGCCUAAGCGUACUUCUGUGUUGCAGUUUAACAGGUGAAAAAUUUAAACCUUUAGUUUUAGGAUCAGCAGCCAGGCCUCGUGUUUUUAAAAAAGAAGGAGUACGUCCAGAUAAUCUACCCGUAUUUUGGCGAUUUAAUAAAAAAUUAUGGAUGACCCAAGUGAUAUUUGACGAUUGGCUAUUUGAAUUGAAUAAUUAUAUGAAAAAGCAAAAUAGAAAAAUUUUAUUACUUAUCGAUUAUGCAACCAGUCACAACACAACUAAGACUCUAAGCAAUGUAACAGUUCAGUUUCUUCCACCAAACUUAACGUCCGAAAUUCAGCCUCUAGAUCAAGGCAUUAUAAAAGCAGUUAAAGAUCGAUAUAGAUCAAGACUUUUGGAGUAUAUCGUGUCUAAAGCUGAAAACUGUCAAAGUAAAGAAGAAUUUCAUAAAUCUGUCACGGUUUUACAUGCUAUAAGAUGGUUGUAUGGUGCGUGGAUGGACAUAAGUCAACAAACAAUUGAAAAGUGUUUUCACCGAGCUGGAUUUGUAAGCAGUGGGUUGGCUAAUGACAUAGAAGAUCAGGAAACUAUUUUGACUGACUCUGCAGCUGAAUUACCAGAUGACUUGGUAGCUGAAUUAGCUACUGAAAGAGAAAUUGAUGAAGCUGACAAAUUCUUGCCUGUGCACGAAGAAUUACCGGAUGACAUUGAUAGAGCAUUAAAUAAUUAUUUAUUUAACAGAGACGACAAUGACGAAGGAACAGAGAGUGAAAAAGAAACAGACGAUGAAGAAGGAAAAGAAGUAGAGGAAAAUAACUUGGGUGUUGACGACGCAUUGAAAUGUGUUAAAAAUUUAAUUCAAUUUUGUAACCAAGAAAACUAUUCAAAUGUGGAUAGUCUAUUUACUUUGUAUAAUCAAAUUGAAGGGGACUGGAUUAGGAAGAAGCUUAGUAAAUUGAAACAAACUAAACUUGACUAUUAUUUGAGUAAAAAUAAUAUUUCAAGCUAA